AUGUAUUUACGGGAGAACCAACAGCUUAUAGAAAACCACAAGAGUUUGGUGAAAGUAAUUGAGCUCUUGGUGGAGUCAAAUAUUAAGUCAUCUGAAAUGCACGAAGUACUAGCGAUGAAGAUGCAUUACUUGGCAUUUUUGUUAAAAACAUGCGCGCGUUGGCACGAGGGAAUAGAAGGCAAGGACGGAAUUGAAGGCUUCUUAAAAUAGUAAGGUUUAUUAGUAUUAUUAGAUAAUAAAAAUAAUAGUGUUAGUAAUAAUAAUGAUAAUGAUUAACAAUGAUUGAAUGAGGCUGAGUCGGAUGAUUCAAAUGAUGUUUUUGAUUCUAGGUUUUAGUUUUUCGAUUUUUUCUCUGCACGUAAUGUUUUAGACUCUCUUUUGCUUUGGGAAGUCUUUUAUUCUUUUAUAUAGGGAUAACCUCAAGAUAUCCCCUUUCGAGAGACAUUUUGUUAUGUAUUUUAUCUCUUGAAUAAAGUAUUGUAUCGUAUUAUUUAUUAUGAUACGAAAGCCGAAUUCAGUAAUUGUUUUAUUUUUCGUUCAAAAUAAUUCAUACUUUGAAAACAAGCUAAAACAAUCCAUGCUAGCGCUUACCUCCUUAGAUGUUACGUUCAUCGUCGAUAGUGCAUGUUUAUCGGCAAGUUUUGGAGAUAAAGGUUGUUCAGUUCUGCAAAUAUUUUCCAAAUAGCAGAUGUCGUCCGUCGAGUUGUCUUCUUACUGUUCUCGCUGUGUUUUUAGCCAAUAGUUCGCCUGUUUCUUCUUCGUGAAACGACUGAAACGUUCCGCCAUUUUGUAUCAUUACCAAAACAAUUCAAACGUUCUGAAUCUAUUUUUUUCACUUUCUCUCGGCAGUCUAACCAAAGGUCGUCCCUCAGAUGGAUUUUUUCUUAAUAUAGAGGACCUCAUACGUCAGGCAAUCAGAAGUUUCGAUUAUCCUGAGUGUACAAUUUUUAAACAGUUGGUACAGACGAUAGCACCAGUAGAAAAGGUAGGUCGCUGAUAGCAAGUUAAGAACUUUACAGUGGGCCAAAAGCACCGGCACGUAACCCAGUUCGGUGAUAUACGUUUCUGAUUAAGCUCAUAAACAGCCACUCGCGCAGCCCUCUAUGAACAUACAAUGUAAACAGGACAGGUAUUGUUGUCUUCUCAUCCUUGACAUUUCUUUUCAUUUCAUUUCACUCAUUUCGUUGUUUCACAAAGUGCGGCUUUUCUGUUGGUAACCCCAAAAACCUGAACCGUAAAACCACGACUAUACACCUGUUAGUUUAUCUACCAGAUCUCCAGAAAUACAAAAUUGAAGAGACAGCAGCAUUUUUAUACCGAUCCACAGGGCGCGGGGAGAAAAAGAACAAAAUAAACUUGUAUUAAUAAUUGGAAUUUUUUUGGUUGGAUUCUUAUCACCAGUUAGUAUAACAGGUGAGACGUGGGAUUUUCAAUGGUCUAGAACGCUUAUGGUACUAAUUUUUUUCCGUCCCGUUGUUUGACCUCGAAGGUUAAGGCGUUGCCGUUUCCUCCCUCGUCCCCACAGGCAUGUUUCACCCUCCCAAGAUUUCGAUUGCGAAUUGAAAUCAAGAUGGUGGCCCGGCUAUCGAUCUCUACAACCUUCCCACACAUCAGUAUCCAUUUCGGUCGUUUCGCGCGAAAGUCGAUUCGCCCGACGGCGUUUGCCAGGACAUUAGUCGAUUCGCCCGAUGGCAUACAAGACUGUACAACAUGGUGAACAUACCUUUCGAAAUGUUAUUUUAGUUACCCUUGGAUUCCAUAUGUACAGUCACUGUCUUCCCAUGCUGUUUCCUUUUUCCUUUUUGUUUUUUUUAUUUUUAAAGAACGAUAAAUACGCUUCGGGCGAAUUGACUUAAUCUGGGCGAACUGCUAUCGGGCGAACGACCUUCGGGCGAAACGACCUGAUACCGCCUUAACCAUAUCUAUGGCCGCAUAAUUAUAUAUUUUCUGUAAAAAAUUUCCCUGAUAAAAGAAAGUGUAAAGCAGUUUGUCAUAAGCUCAAGUAUGGAUUAAUAUAGGAGUUAAAUAAUAUUUUAAUCCACGGUGCUUGUUUAGCCGCGCGUUGCAGUCAUUUCUUCAGUUUUCAAGUCCAAUUUUCUGAUCAUUUGGAGCCAAGAAGUAGUGGACGAAAGAAUGAUUCUUCUUAAAUUGCCUGUCACACUUAACCCACUUAAAGUUAUUUGUUUUAUUGUUUUAAUAUUUGCUUAUUCGUAUUUAACUUUUUGUGUUUGUCUUAAGGGGCGAGAUCCAACCGCACUUUCUGUUAUCACUCAGUGUAUAAACGGGCUUCGUUGGUAAGUUAAAAUUCAUCAGUAACUGCAUGGGCAAGAAAACAAGAAUGGCAUCAAUGGGUGAAAUGUGUGUAGGAGUUAUCUGCCAAAACAACAAAUCUACGCUCAAAUGUGUAAAUACAGCAAUCUACUGGCAGUACCAUCUCAUAUUUUAAGGCUUCUCCUUUCCAAAUAAGGUUAAAUGGUGUCCCGCCAAAACGAAAUGCUGUAAGCGAGUUUCAGCGUGAUGCACAGAACACACAAAUAAGCAAUUCAGCGACAAAUAUUGAAGACGUCAGUAAGGACUACUGUGUAUUUCUCCACCACAAACACUGACUUCAAUACUAAGCGUAAGCAAAGUUUGACAGUUCUUUUUUUACCAGUAUAGAGCUACAAAUAUCCGACGACCUUCCGAUUAGAAUACAAAUGUAUGCUGUGUGCCUCAUGUACGCAAGCAAAUUGCCCUUUUUUACUGGGACAUUUGCUCAUUCAGUUCCUUAAACUCGCUUUCGUCCACAAAACGUAUACACGCGUCCUUUCCCACGUCUUCCGCCAUUUUAAUUUGCGAAAGUCGCGAAGCAUUGCGUGGGAAGUCACCCAUCUGUCAACAUUUGUUAAAUUGAGGACAUAUGAUUGGCUAUUACUCAAUCCUCUGGAGAGCUCCAGAAACCAAAAAUAACUUUAGAGGGAUUACCAUUGGUAUAGGGCCUGUAUGGGAGAUUCAUUGUCUUAGCCUCUUUAUCCUCUCUUGACCCCGAUUAUGGAUUUCUUGUUUUUUACAAAGCAUAACUCUUUGCAGGUCUGCAGUGGUACCCCAAAACUUAGAUUUUAUGCAGAAAGCGUAUGGUGAUUGUUUGUUCCUUUUUAUGGCACUCGAAGCAAUAAGAAAGUUUCAUUAAUAGCGUACUCGUCGUUUCUCUUUCCAGUGCGGAUUUUAGCGAUUGUUGCUGUGUGUGCACUUAG